AUGCAUGAUGUGCUUCACGGACGUGUGGUGCGAUACGGUAACGGUUGGUGCGUGCAGGCGAUAUGUCUGGAGGGCGAGGCGGGUCCCACGGGGAUGACGGCGGGGCUGUCAGCAGCGGUGUGCGGCUCCAAGCUGUCCGUGCAGUUCCUGUGGAGCUUCUCCUACUGGAGCGCCUACUUCCUCACCUGGUCAGCCUGCAUGCCUUCCCACAUAAUCAAACUGCCUCCCUCCGCCCACGAUGAUGGUCUCACGUUCCCCGGGUAUGAGGACGCAGGGGACUUCACAGCAAAGGAGCGGCUGCGCACGAGUGUGAGGACGAACCUGAUGCUCAUCGGCAUUGUGGGCGCCGUGGCCGUGGUGGGCAUCAUCAUCCUGCUCGCCACCAAGGAGAUGGCCUGGGACAACAUAGUGUCGCUGGCCAUAGGGGCGUCGAACGCGUUUGCGCUGAUAACGGGCGCGCUGCUGCUGGGGUACGGGCUGGUGGAGAUCCCAAGGGGCCUCUGGAGCCACGCGGACCUGGCGGAGCGCCACAAGUGGCUGUCUGUGCGCGUGGCCCGGGCGGCGCAGAAGCUGGACCAGGCGCACCAGGAGCUCAGCACCGCCAUUGUGAUUGCUCAGGCGACCUCGCUGCAGAUGCCCCGUCAUGAUCCGCUGCGACCCAUGAUGGAGAUCAUCGACGCCAUGGCGAGUGAGGACGCAGGGUUCAAGCCAUCGGGCGGGCAGAUAGGCGAGAACGACAUGGACUAUGAUGCUGACGCCAAGAGCAUGGCCGCCCUCCGCCGCCGCCUGCGGAACGCCCAGGACAACUACUCGCGCUGCAAGACGGAGUACUGCACGGUGGUGUGGGAGGCGCUGCAGCUGGAGGAGACGUUGCACAACUGCUACCAGGGCACCGGCCGCUACACCUCCUACCUGCGCGCGCCCAGGAAGGGCUUCUUUGCUCCUCUCCUUGAUGUCGUGGAGUGGUGGUGGCGCUGUGCCAUCCGCAGCCACGUGGUGCGGGCCUUCGCGCUGCUCCUCGGCCUCAUCUCCCUCGCCAUCCUCUUUGCCGAAGCCACCCUGCUCUCCCAAAAAUGGGUCGACCUCUCGCUCUUCUCCGUGCUCGUGCGCGCCGCCGCGCUGCACGGGGAGGCGGUGCAGCUGAUAGUGUUUGUGCCGCUGGUGUACCUGUGUGUGUGCACUUACUUCUCACUCUUCAACCUCGGCAUCUUCUCCUUCUACUACCUCGUGCCCGCUCACACCGACUCCGUCUCGCUCCUCAUCAACUGCUCCAUGGUGUCGCGGUACGCGGCCCCCAUGUGCUACAACUUCCUCAGCCUCAUCCACCUGCGCCACUACAACUACGCCACCAGCUCCGUUGAACCCCUCGUCACCGUCUUUGAAAAGCGCAUGGGCGUGCUGCCCAAGUCGUUUGACCGCGUGUACCCGCUGUGCAUGGUGGCGUGGUCGCUGCUGAUCGCACUCAACGUGCACCACCGCCUCUUUGACUCCGUCACGCACCUCCUCUCGCACUUCCGCGGCCUCUACAGCCGCACCUGGCGCCGCCUGCGCUUCGACGACGAUGGCGAGGGGGACGAUGUGGGCGUGGACGGGCGUAGAGUGGUUGUCAAGGGCCACAUGAUACUGCAGAGAGAGCGGGCGACCAUAGAGCGCGGGCUGCCAGUGGGCGAGAGCGUGGUGCCCCUGGCACGCCAUUUCUCCUCCAAGGACCUCCAUGCCUCCUCCUCCGCCUCCUCUCUGCUCUCAGGACACUACUCCACCCCCACUAAGGUGCCUCACACGGACCCCAGCUCCUCCUCCUCCGCCGACCCGCUGCUUGACUCACGGCUGGCUGCGGUGAGGCCAGCAGGAGGCAAGCCUGCCGCUGACAGCGCCAGCACCAAGGACCUCGAGUCAGCGUCCUUGCUCAGAGCAGCAGACACCAGUUCCACUUCAGUCAAAUACUCUGGCAUCAUUGCUGCUGCUGGUUCAUCUGCUGGCGGCAGUGCCAGGAAGCCCCAGCGGCCUCCUGCAGGGGGUGCUUCAGGUGCUUCAUCAGGUGCUGCGUCCCCUGCAGCAGGUGUGGCAGGCAGGGUGGGGCUGGAAGCGAGCAUCAAGUCAAGCUCAGCAGGCGAUCUGCUUCCCCUCGGUCGGGAGAAGUCAAGGCAGGCCUCUGUCCCUGGCAGUCCCCUCUUGCUCUCUCGAGCCGCCUCUCCUCUUGUCACUGCCAGGCUUCCACCCAUCAGCACCUCUGCUCACUCCACUCCACACCACCUUUCCGCUGCUGUAGCUGCUGCUCCUGCUGGCAGUGUGACACCCACCCGCCCUCUCUCGCCUCCCUCUCUCCUCUCUUCUGCUCUGGGCCUAAGCUCUGCAGCAAUGGUGUCAACCCCACAGCGGUACUUCUGGGUCGGGCAGGCCACAGCAGCAAUGGCAGCAGGUGCAGGAGUGCAGCAAGAAUUGGGUACUCCGCAACGGAGCGACCAUGCAGUGGGUGUAUCACCUACAGAGUCCCCAUUAAUCUCGCCAGGCCAAAGAGGAGCCGCAGAAGGUUCCGGUUCAGGUGGGACCAUCCCUGGCAGCAGUAGCAGCAGCAGUCAUUGGUCUCAAACACUGCUGGAGUCGCGCUGGUCUCAGGCUGUCACAUCCCGGCUGCGUGAUGCCUCAUCAAGCAGCACAAUGGGCAGGCUGAGGGACAUUCUAGGAAGCCCACGGCCACACGAUAAAGACGAAGGGGGUGCAGAUACAACCGGAGGGAGUGGAGGUGGCUUGACACAAGAGGCUGCUCCGGAUCUGGACAGUAUUUUUGAGAGCUUGCAUGCACGGCGAGCUGCAGCGCACACGGACGAUGAUAUGGAUGAUUUUGAAGAUCAACAUGGAUUGCUAAAGACAGGAAGGGAGCAGCAAAGUAGACGGAAGUGA